UGUAUGUCAAAGUUUAACCUCAAAAAUGUUUAUUAUCAUUUCAUUGCAAAAUCGUUCAUGAAUCGACCAACAAAUCUUCCAUAAACCAUAAAACCUUAAAAAUUCCACUUAAUUAAAUCGAAUAACCCAAAAUUAAACUAUAAAUUUAUCAAAUUGCGCUCAAUCCUUGCUUAAAUCCAAAACGACAUAACCUCAAAAAUCUUAUUUUUACCUUGCGAACAUUUUAUUUACCUAAAGAAGCUUUAAAAAUGUUUGCAAAUGUAUCUGCAAGAUCAGUACAACGAAUAUACUGUUUUCGAAAAGAUUAUUGUACGUUUAAAAGAAGUCAAAUGAGUAAACGAGAAGGUUCUAGUACGAUUAAAAAGUCUUUUGGCCAACCAACUGUAGAUACUCAUCCGUUUUUAAUAGGACAAGGUGAAGUAACUCCGGGUAUUCAAAUGACUGAGUUUCAAGAUAGGCGAAGAAAACUUAUGGAAACCAUUUUACAAUACACCGAAGAUUCAAGAAAAACAUCAGAUCGACAUAUUGUUAUAAUUCCCUCCGCUGUAAAGCAAUACAUGUCAGAUAAAAUCCCUUAUGUUUUUCGACAAAACACCGAUUUUCUUUACUUAACUGGUUGUUUAGAACCAGAUAGUUGUUUAGUUUUGACGUCGGCACAAAAUUCGAAAUUUACCUCGACUUUAUUUGUUCGUACCAAAGAUAAUCAUUCGGAAGUUUGGGAUGGACCAAGAACAGGUCCAGAGGAAGCUGUAAAUUUAUUUGGGGUUGAUCAAGCUUUACCAACAACGGAAUUAGAAAACUUUGUGGGUUGCUCUAUGAAAUCAAAUAAGUCCGUAAUGGUUUGGUAUGAUGUGGUUAACGUAGUUCAACCCUCUGUACAUAAAAUCUUAACAAGUAAUUAUCGAGGGAAUGUAAAUAAGAUUUGGGAAGCCCCAAAAGAAUUUCUACAUAAACUCCGAUUAAUCAAAUCACCCGCUGAGAUACAAUUGAUGAGGAAAUCAUGCGAAAUUGCUUCAAGAGGGAUUAGUGAGACCAUAUCCGCCUCCAAACCUGGUUCAACAGAACAUGAUUUGUACGCUUCCGUUGAUUAUCAUUGCCGAAUAAAUGGUGCCGAGUAUUUAGCUUAUCCCCCAGUUGUUGCCGGGGGUUCUAGAGCAACUAUUAUUCACUAUAUUAAUAAUAAUCAAGUGUUAAAUCAUCAAGAUUUAGUUCUAAUGGAUGCCGGUUGUGAAUAUCAUGGUUAUGCCAGUGAUAUAACAAGAACAUGGCCUGUAGGUGGGGCUUUUACAAACGCCCAAAAAAUUCUUUAUGAAAUCGUAUUAGAUGUUCAAACUGAAUUAAUUGAAUUAUGCUAUCGUUUCCCAACUUUAGAUAAACUAUUUGAUAUAAUGUGUUCCUUAUUGGGUAGAAAACUCAGUUUAGCGGGACUAAUACCACAAAACAGCUCAAAUUAUGAAUUAUCAAGAAUUGCAUUUCAAUUUUGUCCUCACCACGUUUCACAUUAUCUUGGUAUGGACGUACAUGAUACUCCUUCAAUUCCGAGGAGUAUUAAAAUAGAGCCGGGUAUGGUGGUGACGGUUGAGCCCGGAAUUUAUAUUCCCGAACAAGCUAAAGUGCCCGAUGAGUUUAAAGGAAUUGGAAUUAGAAUCGAAGAUGAUGUUUUAAUAACGGAGAAUGGUCCUGAAAUUUUAUCCAAGAAUUGUCCGAAAAGUUUGACUGAUAUAACUUUGUUAGCUGCUCAAAAUCAACGGUAACAAAAAGUUUCUCGAAUUUAGAUUGAGGAUGAGGUUGUGAUAUUUUUGGAGUGCAAAUGAGAUUUGUUGCUUUAAGAUUGUCUAUUUUGAUAAGCAGUAUAUUUAUAAGGUUUUUUUUGUAAAAAAAAGAAAUAAAUUUUUUUGAAACUCAA